AUGCCGCGUCGCGCGCGCGAGGAGGAUGGUGAGGAGAAACCGCACCGCGUCACGAAGCUCGCCAGCAGCAGCGCCGACGAUGAGCCGGUGAAGGCGUCGAAGAUCUCCGCCAAGGCGUCGGACAACGACACCGGCGCUGCUGCAGAGAAAAGGAAGCGCACGGAGGGGAGCUCCAAGGUUUCUGCCACUUCGGCAACGGCACCGGCGGAGAAGAAGGACGAGGAGGUGCCGAACAAUGGCUGCGCCGCCACAGCGCGCCCGUUCUCGGAGUUUGAGAUGAACCCCAUCGUUGUCAAGGCGCUGCAGUCACGCGGCAUCGAGUCCAUGUUUCCUGUGCAGGCUCUCACCUUCAACGCCAUCAUGAGGAACACGGACGUCCUCGUGCAGGCCCGCACCGGCAGCGGCAAGACACUCGCGUUCGGUAUCCCGAUCGUGGAGCGGCUGCUGAAGCUGCCGAGCCACCUCACCCGCGGCCGCGGCCCAGCUGCCGUGAUCUUCUGCCCUACUCGCGAGCUAGCCAUCCAGGUGCAGGAUGUGCUCUGCGGGAUCAGCUGCGGGCUCGUCGUGACGGCCCUGUACGGCGGUGUCGCCUACGCGAAUCAGGAGCGCGUGCUGCGCAGCGGCGUCGACAUUGUGGUGGCCACCCCCGGCCGCGCGAAGGACUUUCUAGAGAAGGGCACGCUGCAUUUUGACCGCGUUGUGAUGGCGUGCCUGGACGAGGCGGACCACAUGCUGGACAUCGGCUUCAAGGACGACAUUGAGUUGCUGCUCUCGCAGGUGGCCGAGCAGAACGGCUCUGUCGGCGCUGAGAGGCCAGCUCAUCAGACGCUGCUGUUCUCCGCGACUGUGCCGGAGUGGGUGCACACGUGCUCCUUCAUCGCCAAGGACAAGGAGUUCAUCGACAUGGUCGGCAAGGAGGCGGUGAGGACAGCGAGCACGAUCAAGUUCUAUCGCAGAAAAUGCAACUUCAGCGAGAUCUCUUCUAUGCUCGCUGAUCUCAUCAAGGUGUACAGCGGUGCCCACGGCCGCACCCUCGUCUUCACCAACACGAAGAAGGACUGCCACGACCUGUCCAUCAACAACACCAAACUGGACUCGCAGUGCCUGCACGGUGAUAUGCAGCAGGAGCAGCGCGAGAGUACCAUGAAGAGCUUCCGCGACAACAAGUUCAGCGUCCUCAUCGCCACCGACGUGGCGGCCCGCGGCCUCGACUUGCCCAUGGUGGACCUGGUUAUCCAGUGCGCCCCGCCGAGCGACAUCGACGCUUUCAUUCACCGAGCCGGCCGUACGGGACGCGCUGGCCGCAAGGGUGUGUGCGUGCUGCUCUACCAGCCGCGCGAGGAGUACGUUGUCGAGCGCAUCGAGCGCCACGCGAAGAUGAAGUUCGACGUCCUGCCUGCCCCCACGCGUGAGGAGAUUCUCAAGGCCGUCGCCCGUGAUGCCGCUGAGGACCUGGCGCGCGUCGAGCGCCGUGCCACCGACCUCUUCAUGGAGCAGGCGGCCGAGCUGCUAAAGGACGCGGACCCAGUCGAAAUCCUGGCCUCGGCGCUCGCCGUCAUGAGCGGCUACACGUCGAACAUCACCGCGCGCGGUCUCAUUACUGGCACGCCAGGGUAUGUGACGGUGCAGAUGACGUCGGAUCGACCGCUGCCCGUUCCGGUGUACUGCAGCAUCCUCCGAAACAACCUCGGCGAUGACACGUUCAUGCGGUGCCGCGACAUUACACUGUUGCAGGACGACCCGGGCUGCGUCUUCGACGUGCUGGAGCAGUUUGCUGAGCGUGUCAUGAGCACACCGAUGCGCGGUAUCACCUUCCAGCGGAUCGAGGCCCUUCCUCCGAUUAUCGCGCGCGACCUCAACAGCAGCCGCGGUGGUCGCGGUGGCUUUAACUACGGCGGCGGUCGCGGCGGCUUUAACUACGGCGGUGGGCGUGGUGGCUUCGGCGGCUACGGUGGGAAUCGUGGCAGCGGCCGAGGCAGCGGCCGAGGCGGUGGCCGUGUGGGCGGUUUCCAGCGCCGCUACUGA